CGUUCACACGGGAGAAAGGCCCUAUAUUUGUGGCAAUGUGGGAGAUCAUUUACUUGGCAUGCCCACCUCAAAAGUCACUGUGGAAUUCACACAGGAGUGAAGUCUCAUGAAUGCAGCAAAUGUGGGAAAACCUUUAGGCAGAAGUCUGUUCUCCUUAGGUAUCAGGUGAUUCACAAUGGAGAAAGGCCUUAUAAGUGUUUAGAAUGUAGAAAAUCCUUCAAACAAGAACAGGACCUCACUAUGCACCGGCGAGUCCACACCGGAGACAGGCCUUAUGAGUGCAGAGAGUGCGGGAAGUCCUUUAAGCAGAGAGAUGCUCUGACGGUACACCAGAGAGUCCACACUGGAGAGAGGCCCUAUCAAUGUGGUGAAUGUGGGAAGUCUUUCACUCAGAGUGCAAACCUUCUUGGGCAUUCCAGAAUUCAUACCGGAGAAAAGUCUUAUGCAUGUAGUGAGUGUGGGAAAGCCUUUAGGUACAGAGCCAAUGUUGUUCAUCACCAGGAAACCCACAAAGAGAAAAGGCCAUACGCGUGUGGCCAGUGUGGGAAAGGCUUUAACCAGAGAGCUCAUCUCAUUAUUCAUGGGCGGGUCCACAUUGGAGAACGGCCUUACAAGUGUGAGCAAUGUGGGAAAGUCUUUGGGCACAAAACAAGUAUUAUUUGUCACAGGAGAGUGCACAGUGAGGGAAAGCUCCAGAGUGUGUUCAGCAUAGGUAACACCUUAACCAAAGAUCUUACCCCAUUACACAUGGAACAGUUCAUGCUGCGCAGAGGCCUUGAGGACACGGUGACGCUCAGAAACGAAUUGCAGAACCCUCUGGUCUCCUUCAACACCAGAACUGUCACAUCAUAGAAAGUCCCUGUGAAGGUGACAGUUGUAGCUCUUAGUGCCGGGUUCAAGCUUUAUUAAGCAGCAGGAAGUCCCUCCCUGGGAACAGCCUUAGAACAGGAAGGAUGGUGCCACCUUGUAUUUCCAUACUAAAGAGCUUCUGUUAGGAACCCAUAUGCCUGCAAGUAAGCUACACACCGGAUGUGUCCAGCAGGUGAGAGUCCCCCACAGGGAGAUUGCCCUGAGCUCUGGGGUAAAGUCACCUGAGGCCCAUAGGAGCUGCCUUGCACAUGCUGCACUUUUCAGGGCUUUUGACAGAGAGAGUUCAUUGCCCCUCUGUCUUAAAGGAGAAGUCCCCCUGUACCACCUUACACAGUGGACGGGUGGUACACUUGAGGGACAGCACGAUGCACACAGCCUGUGUCCCUGCUGUCUCACUUCCUGGUGGGAAUCUUCAGCAGCCUGAGCCAUUAGGACAACUCUAAUGUGUUUGCUGAGUAGUUAUGUCCUGGCUGAUACCACUAAGGCCAGAGGGGUUUAGAAGUGGUCUCUAGACAGCCUCACCUGAAGAUGGUUUUAAUUCUGUCUGUUCUGUAGGCGAUGUCCUUGAUCACAAUGCUGCUCCUAUUGCUGUUCUCAGAAGCUGUUGCUUCUGCAGGUCAGCAGACAGUCACAAGGUUUUAUUGGGAAAAUACAAAACAAAGUCUGCAAAAGCAAAUUAUUUGAAAACUUUUUGACAGAUAAGUACUUGCCAGUCCUU